CUUGUGGAUUUCCAGUGGAAACUGGCCAUGGCCGUCAGCUCAGACAGCUGCGGAUCACUUAAGUACCCUUACGUGGCUGUGAUGCUGAAGUUGGCAGAUCACUUUGGCAAAGUCGAGAGCAAGUCCUUUGAAAUGACAGUCCCGCAGUUCCAGAAUUUCUACAGACAAUUCAAGCAAAUAGCUGCAGUUAUUGAAACUGUGUGAAACUGAUUGCUUGGUUGGUAAAUUGCCGCGAUCAUUGUAAAAUCAUGGACUUCAUUUUCUGCAGCUGCUUAAGGAUAGACUAAUGUAUAUUGAAUAAAAACCGUGCUUUUGUUUCUCCCUUUUUAUUUAAUAAAAAAAUGAGACCAACAGGAA